AUGCAGCAGCAGGUCGAGCGACUUGUAGACAACCGCAAAAAGCGCGAGGCAAAAGGCACAACGGUGUCGUCAUUGGCCGGCACACUGGGUCGAGUGAGUCUGGUUUCAGCGACAAAGCCACGGCAGAUGCUGCAGCUGAUCAACGAGCCGAGUACAGAGGGUGCGGCACCGAAGCCUGGCGACGAGCCGGCGACGCAGCAUCAAGAAGAUGCAAUGCGCUCUGCACUGAAAGGGGCAGCUUUCGGCGACGUCACACGAGAGCCACCUAGUGCGACCAGCAAAGCGGCACUGUCACGGCGCGAGUCCCUCGCUGUUCUUGAGCGUUUGUACCACAUUGUGUUGCAGCUGGAGCAGAUGCGUCGAGAGCCAGCGGCCACCGACUCCGCAGCCCAGAAGCAGCUGGCCGAUACGCUUUGGGAGGAGCUGCGUGUGCUGGAGCCGCUGGGCAUUUCUGAUCCACAUCCUUUCGUGUCGCUAUUAAACCAUGUAAAGGGAAAGCGGUUGAUUCCUCGUGUAUUCCGUCUGCUGAGUGCCGAGCAGGCGCUGACGAUGCUGACGAUGCUUGUGGCUUCGUUUGAGUCGCUCGAUGCUGUACAUGAAUAUGCUGCUUGGGAGCAGUAUCGCGCGACACAGGCCAUUCGGCAUGUCCGCUCGCCCUUGACGUCGCAGCAGGCGGCCGAUCUCGGCCGCAGUAUCGACGCAUUCUCCAACUCGGUUCUAUUCCAGAUGAUGGCUCUCAUCAACACGCUUUCACUCCGGAUUAUCAGUGGCAUGCUCGCGCUACUCAUGGAGCGGAACCAGGUGCUCGUAUGCGCCAAGACACGCCCCGGUGUGUCGCUUCUCUCUGCACUGUUAUCGCGUGCCGAAGCACUUCGUCAAGCGGCAGCUGCAGCAGCCCCUGAUGCCCCUGAUGCUGACGAGCUGACGCAAUGGCACAAUGUGCUGGGCGUGCUGUUCAACCGGCUAACGGCUGACGGCCAGCUGCCCUCACUGUUCUACUCGACUCGACUGACGACGUACCUGCCCUUCGGUAUCGAUUGGCACGCGCACAAAAGUGCGACGGCGCCCGAUGCAAACCUGGAAGAUGAGCCUGUAUGGAACUUGAUGGCCCUGCUCGCCAUCCAUGCUGAUCUGUCGCAGCAGCAGGUCCUGGUGCAGGAGCUACGUGACAAGAUCCUGACGAACAUCAUGACCGCAAAGGAAGCGAAAAUGCAUGCCGGCAGCACGCCAUCGUCACUCCCGCCCGGCGCUGAGGACGUACGCAUUCGGAAUGUCAACCUCCUUCUACAUGCCCUAAAUCUUGAUGCAGCACAAAUCACGCUCUAG